GUAUGUAACGUGGUUCAACGUUCGAAGGGAAACACCAGAGUAGCAAUAAUGUUCUAGGCUCCCCAAUGAGCUUGGGGAUAUCUGGCGUUUCUUCCAGCGCUCUGUCGCCGUUGCUAGCCAAAUUGUGUAAAAUUUGUUUGCUGUCUUAUAUCUCAUGUUCCGGUUAAUUCGAGGAGACGUAUUGUAUGAAUAUUUACAUUUCUGCUUACUAGCUGUCGUUGCCUAAUGACAGGUUUUAUCGACUGCCACUGUCACAUCUCUGCCAGAGAUUUUGACAAUGAUAUUGAAGAUGUUAUAGAAAACUCCAAACAAGCAGGAAUUUUGGCUCUUGUGGCAGUGGCUGAACAUGCAGGAGAGUUUGAGAAAAUCAUUCAGCUUUCAGAAAGGUUCCCUGGCUUUGUGUGGCCCUGUCUUGGGGUUCACCCUGUCCAGGGAGCACCUCCAGAUCCUCAGAGGGGCGUCACUAUGGAGGAUUUCGAUGCUGCCUUGCCUCUGAUCGAAAAAUUUCAAGACUGUCUUUUAGCUAUUGGAGAGGUUGGAUUGGACUUCACUCCUCGAUUCGUCAGCAGUGACAGAGGGAAGGAUGAGCAGAGAGAGGUGUUGGUUCGGCAGGUUGAAAUAGCCAAACGGCUGGAUUUACCUCUGAACGUUCACUCAAGAUCUGCUGGAAGGCCCACCAUUCAUCUCUUGAAGGAACAAGGUGUGGAAAAGGCACUUCUGCAUGCUUUUGAUGGGAAGCCCUCAGUGGCAAUGGAAGGUGUAAAGGCAGGGUAUUUCUUUUCCAUCCCCCCUUCCAUAAUAAGAAGUGAACAGAAGCAGAAGCUGGUGAAACAGUUGCCUUUGGAAAGCAUAUGUCUGGAGACGGAUUCCCCAGCCUUAGGACCAGAGAAGCAGGUGAGGAACGAGCCACGGAACAUUGCCGUCUGUGCCGAGUUCAUCGCUAAGGUCAAAGGGGUCCCACUGGAGAGGGUGGUUGAGGUGACCACGCAGAAUGCCCUCCGUCUCUUCCCAAAGCUUCGGGCCUGCAUCCGGGUGUGACAGCAUGGAACAGGAUAAAGAUUUGGCUACUAGCUCUCACUUAGACAGGGGACAAAUGAGCAAUGUGUCACAUUGAUUAUUAUAUCACCAAAACAUGUAUCCAGUUCCCUUCAACACUUCUAAGUCAUUGUCUUGAGUCUGUUAUUUUCAGAUAGCUGAUUGCUGUGAUGGUAAAUCAGGAAAAUUGAAAACCUACUCAUUGGCCUUAAAAUUGCAACUAUUUUUCAAAUAUUUACAAAAAGCUUUUAUGAUAUGGAUGUCUUAUGCAUGUUUAUUUCGGACUUCUCAUAUCCAUGAAAAACAGUAGCUACAGUAAUGCUGUUCAGUAUUUUCAUUUGUUAGCCUCCAGUAAUAGAAAACUCUCUAUGCUUUUUGUUUAGUUGCUAAUUGGCCCUAAAGUUAAACCUAUCAGAUGAGAGAUUAUUUAAUUAUAACAUGACAUCUGCUGUGUGUCGCAUGUGAACAGAAUUUUGUGACAGGAAAGACAGAUAAGACAGUGGUUGGGAGUGGGGCCCUAAGAAUGCAAUUGGAAUUCUGCAUACAUGAGUAACCACAGUUAGUGACUGAUGUUUUCACAUUUGUUGAUAUAAACACACUCUCUUGUUAAUACUUUGAAAUACUCCAAUUGUGAAAAUGUGGUUUUAAAACCUCAAUAAAAACAAAUAGAUCUAA